AUGCCGCCAGAGCGAAGGAACCGAAUGAAACCGAACCGGAGUACCCGAAGGGAGCCAGGCCGGAAGACUCCAAUGAAGCUGGACCGGAGAACUGGAGCGAAGCCGGGCAGACCGGCACCAAAAGCUUCCCCUUCAUCCCAGCGGAAACCGCCGGCCCGGCCGAGCGCGGCGGCAGCCGCUGCGAUCGCAGUCGCGGUGGAGGAGGAGAGGCGGCUCCGGCAGCAGAAUCGGCUGGCGCUGGAGGAGGACAAACCGGCCGUGGAACGGUGCUUGGAGGAGCUGAUCUUGGCGGCGGAGCUCCGGGGGCGGAGCCUGGGCGACCUGCGGCGGCGGGAGCGUUCAGGUGGGAGGGAGCCCGAGAACGCGGGCGCCGAGGGGCGUCUCUGCGCGUACCCGGCCUCCGGGCCCCGAACUGAGCUCGAGAGGAAGAUCGCGCCUUUCCCGGCCGUGGUGUUAGUCACCGUGCCUGGGUAUGGUGCCACUUUCUGGCCUCUUCAUUUUCUGCAUCUGCUUGUUACUUGCUGUGGUAACAUUCCAUGCUAUUAUUUCAUCAGAGAGCUGCAAACAAAGCGUUCUAGUCAAGUACACGAGGAGUCUGAAGACUCGGAAGUGGAAAAUGAAGCAAAAGGUACUUUUCCACCUCAGAAGAAGCCUGUUUGGGUGGAUGAAGAGGAUGAAGAUGAGGAAAUGGUUGACAUGAAGAACAAUCGAUUUCGGAAAGAUAUGAUGAAAAAUGCAAAUGAAACGAAACUUUCAAAAGACAAACUUCAGAAGAGACUUAAAGAAGAGUUUCAGCAUGCUAUGGGGGGAGUACCUGCCUGGGCAGAGACUAGCAGGAGGAAAACAUCUUCAGAUGAUGAGAGUGAAGAUGAUGAAGAUGACUUGUUGCAAAGGACUGGGAAUUUCCUAUCUACGUCAGCUUCUCUUCCAAAAGGAAUCUUAAAGAUGAAGAACUGCCAGCCCGCCAAUGCUGAACGUCCCACUACUGCUCGCAUCUCGUCUGUGCAGUUCCAUCCUUGUGCUCAGGUUGUGAUGGUUGCUGGGUUGGACAACUCUGUUUCACUGUUUCAGGUUGAUGGAAAAACAAAUCCUAAAAUCCAGAGCAUCUAUUUGGAAAAAUUUCCAGUCUAUAAAGCUUGUUUUAGUGCGAAUGGAGAAGAAGUUCUAGCUACAAGUACCCAUAGCAAAGUUCUUUAUGUCUAUGAUAUGUUGGCCGGAAAGUUAAUUCCUGUGCAUCAAGUGAGAGGCUUAAAAGAGAAACUGGUGAGGAGUUUUGAAGUCUCCCUGGAUGGAUCCUUCUUGCUUAUAAAUGGCGUUGCUGGGUAUUUUCAUUUGCUGUCAAUGAAGACUAAAGAACUUAUUAGUAGCAUGAAAAUUAAUGGAAGGAUUGCAGCAUCCACAUUUUCUUCAGAUAGUAAGAAAAUAUAUGUCUCAUCAGGAGAUGGCGAAGUUUAUGUCUGGGAUGUGAACUCGAGGAAGUGCCUUAACAGAUUUGCUGAUGAAGGCAGUUUGUAUGGAUUAAGCAUUGCCACAUCUAGGAAUGGGCAGUAUGUGGCUUGCGGGUCUAAUUGUGGAGUAGUAAACAUAUAUAAUCAAGAAUCUUGCCUCCAAGAAAGAAGUCCAAAGCCGAUAAAAGCUAUAAUGAACUUGGUUACUGGUGUUACUUCUUUGACCUUCAAUCCGACUACAGAAAUCUUGGCCAUUGCUUCAGAAAAAAUGAGAGAAGCAGUUAGAUUGGUUCACCUUCCUUCCUGUACAGUCUUUUCAAACUUCCCGGUUGUUAGGAGGAAAACGAUUUCUCUUGUUCAGACCAUGGAUUUCUCUCCCAGAAGUGGAUAUUUUGCCCUGGGCAAUGAGAAGGGCAAAGCCCUGCUAUAUCGGUUACACCAUUACUCAGACUUCUGAAGAGGUUCUAUGA